GUCAAGCACAGUUUUCAUAGCCUGCCUUGGCUCUGCCCGCCUCAGUCUGCAGUCUGCAGUGAAGCUCAGGCCAGGCCUGCUCCCCAGGACUGAACGAGGUGCUGCUCUGCCUCCAUCAUGCCGGAAGUCGAGAGGAAAUCCAAGAUCACUGCUUCUCGGAAACUCAUGCUGAAGAGCCUGAUGCUGGCCAAGGCCAAGGAGUGCUGGGAGCAGGAGCACGAGGAGCGCGAGACUGAGAAGCAGCGCUACCUGUCCGAGCGCAUCCCCACGCUGCAGACCCGCGGCCUGUCGCUCAGCGCCCUGCAGGACCUGUGCCGGGAGCUGCACGCCAAGGUGGAGGUGGUGGAUGAGGAGCGGUAUGACAUCGAAGCCAAAUGCCUCCACAACACCAGGGAGAUCAAGGACCUGAAGCUGAAGGUGUUGGACCUUCGUGGGAAGUUCAAGCGCCCACCCCUGCGCCGGGUCCGUGUCUCAGCCGAUGCCAUGCUCCGAGCCCUGCUGGGCUCCAAGCAUAAGGUGUCCAUGGACCUGCGGGCCAACCUCAAAUCUGUGAAGAAGGAGGACACGGAGAAGGAGCGGCCCGUGGAGGUGGGAGACUGGAGGAAGAACGUGGAGGCCAUGUCUGGCAUGGAGGGCCGGAAGAAGAUGUUUGAUGCUGCCAAGUCUCCGACCUCACAGUAGAGGUACCUAUAGGAGGGCUUGCUAUGGGGUUCCUGCUUCAGGCUCCUUCCUCUACCCUGCUCACCUCUCUCUCUGCCCCAUGGCCAGAGCAUAUCCCUGAGCCCUCUUCCCUUCAGCCUGCAUGGCCUCCUCUGGAACCUGGAUGAAUCAGACACUCAAGAGAGAGGAGAAACGCACAUCUGAGGACCUCACCCAGCAGAGCAGGCUCCUGGAUCCCACAGGCACCCAGGGCUUCUUGGCCACUGUGAGAUGCAGUGAGCCGAGGAAGAGGCAGGGGGAGUGCCCCACUGCUGCUCUAACGUGUAAUAUCGCGUGCUCUCCAUUAAAAACCCAGUUUCCGGGUGA